CUACCGCACGGAUUGUUGUUGAAAAAAAGUCAAUUCGAAGGCAAAAAAUUCCGGUUUUGCUGACAAAAUGUCGCAUUACAACCAACUUUACGAGCUCCUGAUGGACAAACAUCUCGUAGAAACUUCUACUUUCGAAAAGAUUUCGUCUGUGGUGCAGUCCAAAUUCGAUAAAACAGAGUACAUCAACAUCGGGACUCUGUUGUCGAUCCUCCUGAGUCAAGGGGACUUUACGGGAAUCAUUCAGCGCCUUUGCGGCUACUACAUUAUCUACGACAUCUUCCGCAGCGAGCAAAUGGAAUGCCCGUUCAUGCCAUUUUUCAUCGCUGCCAUCGAAUCCAAGGCACCAAAUCGCACCAAAAUGGAUCUCAUUGAACGACGAUUCCUAUCGUUGCUCAUUUCGCCGGAUGGCGCAAAGCUUUUAGCCCCGAAAAAUGUCGAGCAAAUUCUCCGUGGUGACAUCGGAGGUCCACAAAUCGAAGAUAUCACGGCGGCACGAGUUCAAAGCAAGGUCAAACAAAUGGAGUUGCCGCAUUGCGUGAAAUCUGGCGUCACGAAUGUCUUGCCAGCGGUGCAUCCGGGACAACCUUCGAACAAUAACGAGACUUCGUUACGUGAUAUGAUGACGGAAUUGACGGGAAAUGUUGAAAAAUCUCCCCUUUACAACACUUUUGUGCCGCAAUUCAUGACAAUUGCGCCGCCCGUGUUUUCCUGCGACGACGAACUCAUUUGGUUCGAUCUCACAAAUCCCGGAUGGCACAAACCAGCUUUCGAUUCGUCAUCCACAGGCACGAGCAUCGGGAGUUUGGAAGCGAAAAAACUCAUUGAACAAGCUUUUAGUCAGGCACUUUCGAUACACGAUCAGGGAUUACUUCUGAAUGAAUUGAACGACGACCCAGAAACUGUCAACCAAAUCGGCUUGACGCCCGAACGAUUGCCGGAUCUCGUGGAAAAUAAUCCCCUCAUCGCCAUUGAAGUUUUACUCAAACUCAUGAAUUCCUCACAAAUUACGGAAUAUUUGAGUGCCUUGGUCAACAUGGAAAUGUCCCUGCACUCGAUGGAAGUCGUUAAUCGCUUAACUACCGCCGUGGAUCUGCCCUCGGAGUUUAUUUAUCUCUUCAUCAGCAACUGCAUCUCGACGUGCGAAACGAUGAAAGACAAAUACGUGCAAAAUCGACUCGUCCGACUCGUUUGUGUGUUCCUCCAAAGUCUCAUUCGCAACAAAAUUAUCAACGUCAAAGAGUUGCUCAUCGAGGUAGAGGCUUUUUGUGUCGAAUUUAGUCGGAUACGAGAAGCAGCGGCGCUAUAUAGACUACUUAAGAACUGCUUUUUGAGUGAGGGAGGACAACAACCCUUGAGUGGUGCGUCAUCGAGUUCGGCGAAAAAGGAGUAAAAAAACAUGAAAUUGAUAUGAAAUAUUUAUUCUUUGAUCGUUAAGAUUUUUUUCCUUCUUACAUAGACAAUAAAUUUAAUGUAUAUUUACAUAUAUCUUUAAAAAAAUCUUCGAUAGAGUAGAAAAAUAAAGUAGUUUUGUUAAUUAGUUAGGCAAAUGCAACCAGCAAAAAUGUUUCACCUUUCUAAUUUGGAAUUCAAAAAAAAUUAGAAAGAGAAAUAAUUUUAAAGAAAUUUUUGAUUUUUUCGUCAUUAUUGA